AUGUACUCUACUAUAAUGAUUAUGCUACUACGGUGGUACUCCCUCUUCCAGCACUACUUCCCAUGCGAUAAGAUCUUGGUGCGGCGUAUGUUCAAAUCAAUAGUAAACACUACCAUUGCAUUUAUAUUUACAUUGAUACCAAAGGUGAGCGCUAGGCUGGGCACGGAACCAGCCAUGUUGCCAUUGAUCUCUGUCAUCGUGCACCCAGGGAGAAGAGUGGGAGGUACCAUUAAGGGUGCCAUAUAUUGUACUACGGGCCUUAUAUUUGGGCUAGCUUACUCCAUCUUUGGUAGAUUCCUGGCACAACAAUGCAUGGGAUCCAAUUGGAAUAAGUAUGAUGAAGUUGAUCAAUAUAAAUAUAAUUUCCAUGGGUUCAGAGCGGGAUUGGCCAUCCUUGCAGUGUUCGAGUCAAUCAUGCUUUUCGUUCACGGUUGGAUGAGAGUCAUUAACCAUUUUUAUUUCGGAAUCGUGUUCCCCUUGUUCUUGGUGGUACAUUUCGCAUUCAUGGCUUCGUUGACCGAAUCAGCUGGUGUCAUUGCGAAGUCCUUUAGUGAUCCCUUUUAUAUGGGUAUUGGGAUGUCAAUAUUUUGGAAUUUGGUUUUAUUUCCUGAAUUUGGUAGUACAUACUUGGGUAAUGCCACGGUGGAAACGUUUAAUGAAAUUCAUAAUGCCAUUGAUGAAUCCAUAAAAUUCUUCAUAUCCUUAGAUCAUUGCAUAUAUCCGGCAGAUUCAUCCAAACCUAUCACUCUAUCGAAAUUAUUGAAAUUAAAAUCAGGAAUUGAAAAUAAAGUUAAUAGUUGUGAUUUAGUCCUUGAUGAAUCUAUUUAUGAAAUAUCAUAUUCCUACGUACCCCCUACUAAAGUGAUACCACUAUUAGAGAAUUUUAAACAAUUAACCAUUUCGAUCAAUGGUUUAAUAAAUGCAGGACAGUUAGAAUUCGUAUUGUUGGGAGAACGUCAAAAUGAAAAGAAUAAGACUGUGGAAGCGGCUGUAGAUAAUAUUCACAAGGAAAUUACAUUUGCUAAUCCUGAAGAAUUAUUAACUUUCUUACAAAAAUUGAAGACUCCAAUCUAUGAUCUACAUAAGGCUCUGAGUCAGGGGAUUUACACCACAAAAUUGAUUCUUUCUUAUGAUUUUGAUGUGAAUUUUGAAAAGGUUACUACAUCUAAUACAUUCCAUGAUUUUAUUGCAUAUCGGAAAAAGAAAGAUUUUAAAGAUGUCAACAAUGUUCAAGUCUUACAAGAAAAUAUUGAUUCUUUGAUUAGCAUCUUAAAUGAUUUUGAUACCAAAUUUAUGGCUGAAAUGAAUCGUUUAAACAUUUUGACCCCUAAUGACGAAAUGUUUCUAUUGUCAUCAUUUUUAAUAAAUUUAAAAGAAACUACAAACGCCAUUAUCAAUAUUAUGCAAUCUACAAAGGAAAUUCAUGAACUUAGAAUUAAUCAAGAAAAUAAAGGCUGGUUGAGGGGUAAAAGAGUUUGGUUCACAUUUAUGCGAAAUUUUGAUUCGUUCAAAAGAUGGUUAUUCGGAAGUACAAGCGGUAUUACUGAAAGUGAAGGUUUGAAAGGUACUUUGAAUACAAACGUGUACGAUAAUCAAACAGAACUGGUCGUGAGAAGACCUGAUAUGGAAGAAGAAGCGGUAUUAAAGGCACCACAGAAGGAAAAACUUCCAUUACGACUUCCACAAACAAAUGCUCCCGAGGAACAAGCUAAAUUGACAUCACCACCAGUGGAACCUUUUACUUAUAGGGUUGUGUUUGCAUGGAUUGAUAAGUUCUGUAGAACACAUAAACCUCAUUUCCGUUUUGCUUUCCAAGUAGUAAUUGCCUUAAUGGUCGCAUCAUUCCCCAUGUUCAUUGCAAAGACGCGCCAUUGGUACAUUGAAUUUAAAGGUACUUGGAUUGGUUUCGUGUGUAUCCUUUGUCUCGAAUCAUCCAUUGGUGGUACUUUUUGGGUCUUUUUUCUUCGUGCAGUUGGUGUUAUAGCUGGUUCUGCAUGGGCUUAUUUAUCGUAUGCUGCCGGUAUUCACAGAACUAAUCCAUAUUUGGAAACUGUUAUAACUGUUUUCGGUGCCAUUCCUGGAUUUUAUUUUUAUCUGGGUACCCCAUACGUUAAGGCUGCCAUUAUUUAUAUCAUUAGUAUUUACAUCGUCAUCUUGGGCGCAAAACCUGGUAGCAUAUUACUAAGUUUUGCGAAGAGAUGUCUGGCAGUUGGAUAUGGUGGUGGUGUCGCCUUGAUAGUUCAGGUAUUCUUUUUCCCCAUCAAGGCAAGAGAUCAAUUGAACGAAGAAAUUUCGUUUGUUUGUAGUUGCAUUUCUAAGAUGGAAUUAAUAUUUGCAACGGGAUUAGAAGGGGAGAAAUUAACAGAAAGUCUAACUGACAUUAAUUAUAAAAGAUUUGCUAAGAUAUCUUCAAGUGCUAAAGCCGCCUUAGGUCGUGCAAGUGCAUACAAGGGCUUAACAAGACAAGAACCAAGAUUAAAAGGUGAGUAUACUGAAUUGGAAAAUAUCUUUACCGAAAUUAUUUUUAUACAAAAGCAAAUCAUUGAAAGAUUGGAUAAUGUGGCCUUGAUGAGAAAUAGAUAUGGUAGUGCAAUCAUUGAAGAAUUGAACGAUGUAGUUUAUCCAUAUAGACGACAAUCGGUGGCAACUAUAGUCUGCAUAAUGCGUGCUAUUCAAGAAGCUUUUAACAACAAAAUACCGUUACCGCAGUUUCUUCCAAGUGCGAAAAUUGCCCACAGGAAACUUAUUAAUGAAGUUCGUAUCAUCAUCCAGUCCAGAUAUCAUACCCAAAUCAGAAGGUUUCAAGAAAGAACUGAGGCCAUUAGACAAAUGUAUAAUGCGAGUGAUGAUGAAAGCUCAGAAGAUUCAAAUAUUUCUCCCGGUAAUUCAACAGAACAAUUAACUAUGAAAACUCGUCAAGAAGUCAAUAUGUCACCACAAGAUUACUUCUUAAGAGAAAAGUUCCUUAGUUGGAAUGCUUCCAGCUCUGCCACUGAAGAAAUCAUCGAAUAUAUUGAAGAACUAUUGAGAUUGACAAAAAUAUUGGUUGGUGUCAAUGAGUUUAAAUAUGGGUUUUUAUCUCGUCCACUUUAUGAAGAUUGGGCUGCUGAGGCAGUAAGAGGAUUUGAUGAUUUUAUAAGUGGUUCAAGCACCAGAAAGGAAAGUAAUGAACGAAUUGAGACAACUACAGAAUCAGUAUUAAAUGAAUCUAAUGAAAGUUUGACAUCAGAGGGCUCUAUUCAAUCCGACGAGUCGAAUAAUGUUGUUGCAUAUGAACCUCGGCCUAAAGUGGGGACAGCUAUUAACUUAGCCCGUAUUGCAUCUCAAACUGCAGGAAAGAAUCAACCGUUACCUAAGAAGUUUAGAGAUAGGACAUUUUCAAUAGGUUCUAGAGUUGGAAUGGAUGCUGGAGAUAGGAUGAGUAGUAUAGAAAGAAGAAGAACCUUAGGGGACCCCGAUCCAAACUUUAAUGACGACGAAGAAGAAAGUGGUGAUGAAGAACUGCCAUUAGCAUUGAAGAUGAUUGUGAAUCGUAAAGCCAAACGUGACUGA